GGGCAAUCGCAAAAGACGACGACAAAGUGAGCUGCGGACGAACACCAGCCAGCCGUUCCCAAGGCGCCCGUGGUACCGUGCUGGAUGCUUCCGAAUGAGUUCCUGACCCCCUAUUGGGACGACGCGUACACGCCGCGUCGCAUGAGCAACCUCAUGCUUUCCAACCCGGAACAUUCGAGACGGCUCCAGAGGGGUCUUCGACUCACGGUCUUGUUCGUGAGUGCGAUCUUAGCCACAGGAUGCAUCGCGCUACUAGUCACAGCGAUCCAGCGCUCUGGUAGAAGGCAUCGAGCACACCGAUACCCACCCGGGAUACCCCAGGACGUGGCGCCAGAGGGCAUUGAGUCACAGGGGCUCUUAAGGAAAAAGCUCAAUCGUUUCUUCAACCGAGGCGCCUUUCAAGCAAAGCACCACCAUAUUGGACAAGUUCCCGGGAAGAAAGGGAAUGAGAUUCCGAGCGUCGCUGCGGGGAGAUGGAAAAAACGGGCAGAAAUCUACUGCGUUUACGACCCCAGAAGCCCUAGCCAACAGAGUCAGCAGUUUACAGCCAAGGACAUCCCUCUUGGUCUGUGCACUGCUGUUGUUUACUGCUGCCUUGGAAUAUCGGACAAGACUCAUAACUUGACGUCGUACAACCAUGCAGUGGAUACCGGUGUUACUGGGAUGGGCGCCUUCCUCAGGAUUGUGCGUCGCAAGGCCCCUAGUGUGAAACGGUACGCUGCGCUUGGCGGCAAAUCUACCGACUAUGUUCAGUUGAUGAGGGCCAUAAAGGACAAGCGAUCUCGCGAACUCUUUGUUCUUCACAUCAUUGAAUGGCUCACGAACAGGAAGACGUCCUUCGAUGGUAUGGUUGUUGACAUUGUCGAACCUGACCGUAUGCCGAAGCCAGACGUGCUUGACGCGUUUCUGUUUGAGCUGUCGUCCAAGGUGAAGCACAGAGACAUUAUUGUUACGCUUCCGUUUGGCCACAUAGCGGAGCACCGCUAUUUUCAACCGUUUUCUUACAGAAAGGCGAGAUACCUGAUUAAGACCAGCCAUCGUUUCACUCGUCCUGCGAUUGGCAUUUGUCCCAACCCUACACGUGGUGGGCCCUACCAUUCGUUUCAGAAGGUCGUUAAAGAGACUAAGAAGCGGCAUAAGAAGAACUGGUCUACGGUACUAAGGGAGAAGACGCUUUUUACGAUAUCCUUCUCUGGCUACAGCUACACCGUCAAGAACGCUUCGCUCACUACCGCCGCUGUGGAAAAGGUCGAAUCCUACAACGUGUCUACCUACGCAGAUAUUUGCAAGAAGGUAGUGAACCAUAGCUGGAGUCACAAAUACAUCGGAGAAACUGGCUGUCUUACCGCGUGGGCUGGUAAGCAUUAUAUAUCUUCACUGUCGCCAAAGUCCUUCGCUUCCUUGGAAGACAAGAAUAAAAUUCGUGGCAUCGUGGUCUUUGAUCUUGACAAGGAUGACUUCAGGGGCGUCUGUGGCGAACCUUACCCGUUGAUGAGGGCACUCGACGACGCACUAAACCGUGCAAGGUGAUCGAAAGUUCUAGUUCAUAGCAUGUAAUAAAGAAGCAAGAUGU